CUUCCUUCCUUAUAAUCCAUCAUUAUUUCUCUCCAAAUUCUUCACAAAACACCCAUUUUCAGAAGAUUAAUGGCUCACCUAAUCCAUCACCUACUACCCCUUUUCGUUUCAUCUUCGAUUCAAUCCCAUUCUUUCUGCUAAAACCCUUUUCCCCAGAUCAUCAACUCAUUCCUUGUAUUUCAGCUGACCGGAUUCAAAGUAUAUGGCAAAUUCGGAGAUGGCCGGCAUUGAUUUAGAAUGCGGUGGCGGUGAAACCUCUCGCCGUUCCACCUCCGACGAGAACAACCAAUGCUUUUCAGAUGCUGAAGAGGGUUCUUGUUACUCCCAAUUUUACUCCACAUACGGCGAUGCCAACUACGAUGAUCCUGAAAUCGGACAUGUUUCCAGGAGAGUUUCCUCCGCCGGGUCGGACUGUUCGGUGGAUGUACUGGGAGAUGAUGAGGGUAAAGUUGUAAUUGUGCAUUUAGGGAUGAAAUUAGACAAGAGAGAUUGCAGAAUCUGUCAGCUGAGCCUUGUUGAUGAUGGUGAUGGUGACGCCAUUGAAUUGGGUUGUUGCUGUAAAGAUGAUUUAGCUGCUGCUCAUAAGCAUUGUGCUGAAACCUGGUUCAAAAUCAAAGGAAACAAAAUAUGUGAGAUUUGUAAUUCGAUUGUGAGCAAUCUCGUGGUUCCAAACGAGACGCUGUUGGGCCAUGGAACGAUGGAUGUGAAUCCCGUGGCGACGAGUGUGGCGACGGCACACGUGUCAGCAGCAACAGCGAUACGAGGGGGGCGAGGGUGCAUCAAUGGUCAUAGACUUCUCAAUUUCAUAUUGGCAUGUUUGGUUUUUGCUUUUGUGAUAUCGUGGCUCUUUCACUUCAACAUACCAUCAUGAUGAUAUCGAUACAUAGAUAGAGAUGUAAUCCCAUACGAUACGGGCAUAUACUUAUUUCCAUGUUGUAACAACGUUCUUCGUGGCUGCUCGUUUUAGUGAUGCAAUGAGUCUGAUCCCCUUUUCUUUCU